AAACAUGACGGAUCAAAGGCAGGCCAUACUUCCUGUUGGCUCGAUGCUAUAUAUAACGUGACCAGUGCACGAGCUGCACAGACGCACCUCGCGCUCGUCUCGCCGCUGCUGCCGCCGCCCGAGCGCCUGAGGUUUCCCCCGGACCACAAUGAACAAGUUGCUGUGCUGCGCGCUCCUGUUCCUGGACAUCUCCGUUAAGUGGACCAUGCAGGAAACCUUUCCUCCAAAAUACCUUCAUUCUGACCCAGAAACCUCUCGUCCGCUUCUGUGUGACAAAUGUCCUCCUGGCACCUACCUAAAGCAGCACUGUACAUCAGAGCGUGAGACUCUGUGUCUCCCUUGCCCGGACCACUACUACACAGACAGCUGGCACACCAGUGAAGAAUGUCUGUACUGCAGCUCAGUGUGUAAGGAGCUGCAGCACGUCAAGCAGGAAUGCAAUCGCACCCACAACCGUGUGUGCGAAUGCGAGGAAGGACGCUACCUCGAAGUGGAGUUCUGCUUGAAACACCGGCGCUGUCCCCCGGGGUUUGGAGUGGUACAAGCUGGAACCCCAGAGCGAAAUACAGUUUGCAAAAGAUGUCCAGAUGGGUUCUUCUCGAAUGAGAUGUCUUCUAAAGCUCCCUGUAGAAAGCACACAAAUUGCACUGCACUUGGUCUUCUGCUAACUCAGAAAGGAAAUGGGACACAUGACAGCGUAUGUUCUGGGAGCAGCGAAUCAACUCAAAAAUGUGGAAUAGAUGUCACCCUGUGUGAGGAGGCGUUCUUCAGGUUUGCUGUUCCUACAAAGUUUACGCCAAACUGGCUCAGUGUUCUGGUAGACAGUUUGCCCGGAAGCAAAGUAAAUGCAGAGAGCGUAGAGAGAAUAAAACGGCGGCAUAGCUCACAAGAACAAACGUUCCAGCUGCUCAAGUUGUGGAAACAUCAAAACAAAGACCAAGAUAUGGUCAAGAAGAUCAUCCAAGAUAUCGAUCUCUGUGAAAAGAGUGUGCAGCGGCACAUUGGGCACGCAAAUCUCACCUUGGAUCAGCUUCGCAGUUUGAUGGAAAGUUUGCCUGGGAAGAAAGUAGGCUCAGAAGACAUUGAAAAAGCAAGGAAGGCUUGCCAGUCAAGUGAGCAGCUCCCCAAGCUGCUCAGCCUCUGGAGAACGAAAAACGGCGACCAAGACACCUUGAAGGGCCUCAUGCACGCACUGAAGCACCUGAAAACCUACCACUUCCCCAAAAGCGUCACUCAGAGUCUGAGGAAGACCAUCAGGUUCCUGCACAGCUUCACCAUGUACAGACUGUACCAAAAGCUGUUCCUAGAGAUGAUAGGGAACCAGGUCCAAUCUGUAAAAAUAAGCUGCUUAUAAUGGAAAAUAAUGGAAACUAGCCACUGGGCUCUUCCUUUCCAAAGGGGCCAGAUCUGACGGCUGAGUAGGCUGUUGCUCAGGCACUCGAGAGGAG